ACAUUUCUCCACUCAGACGCUCCUCCUCUCUCCAUGCCGUGCCAAAGUUUCCUCACAGCUCGACCCACAACUUUUCCGACACAAGGCUCUCUUUUGUGGCCGCUGGAAAACAACAUGGCAGACCCUGCUGUCCAAUCCGAGGGAGGAAGCGGCGGGAUUGUGGUAAUUUAAUAAGAAAACACGAUGUGGAUUGCAGAACAAGUGCUCCUAUUGCAUGGUGCUCUCAUUGCAUGGUGGAAAAACUUGACUCAUUCAUGGAUGCAAACAGGCUCUGCUGCUGCUGCGCGUUCACAGCUCUUAUCGCAUUAAGGGCCACAUGUGUCAUCUCGGGAUGAUGUAGUGAUGUUUUACUACACAGGUGAUCUGUAACAGUGGUGUUUUUGCUCACAUGAUAUGUUCGUUGUUUUCCCAUCUAGAUUACCGAUGAGUGGCCAGGGUACAGUUUAGACCUUUUCAGCUAUCCGACUCACUACUCCGGAGAUCUGGACUGUGUUAUCAUCCCGCAUGGCGUCAUUAUGGACAGGUACAUCCAGUAACAUCACUUUGUACUCACCUGCAAGUGUGACAACAUCUGCAAGUAUCUAGACUGACUACAUCAUUUUCUAUUGAACACAAGACUUUAACAUUUCUCAGGAGUUAAACUAUAGAAGAUCACCUCUCACAGUAGGGGAGAGUGGGGAAAGUUGAGCCACCCCUUGUUGCUUAGAAAUAGUAAAAGAAAUUGAUCAUGUGACCAAAUAUUUAGGAGAUGGGCAUCAAUUCAUGGAGUCUGUGAAGGUUAGUAGCACAUGGGUGAAGGGGUUAGACAUUUAUUUAAAAAAUAAAAAAUAAAAAUGUUCACUCUUGAAAGUGAAUUUAGUCUAUCAUAAGUUUUAUUAGAAUUGUGUUCAGAACAAAAAAGAUCAUUUUAAAUUAGUUUUAAACAUAGCAACAGGUCAAAAAAGGUCAAAAACCUAACAUAAAAGUCCACCAUUUUAGCUUAGAGGACUAAUAAAGUCAUAUUAGUAGUUCUGGGGUAAGUUGAGCCAGUGGCUCAACUGAGAAAGUAAAGAAGUCUGAUGAGAGGAUCAGAGUUUCAGUUCAGAUUGUUGAAAUGUGUUACUUUUUCUUUUCAAAAAUACAGCUGUGAAUGUUCUGAAUCACUUAAAGGCAUUCUCAUGUUAAAAUGGUUUCUUUACAAAACAGCCUUUUAACAGUUAUAUGCAAUAAUAAUAAAAAGAAUUAUUGUACCAGUUGAAUAGCGUAUAAUAGAUAAAAAAUACACAUGAACGUGAAGAGGUGACUGUUAUUUAGGGAGAGAGAAGGUGAGGGAGGGCUGAGGUGGAGAGCGGGGAGUAGUAGGGAUACGGCUCAACUUACCCUGCUCCUAUGGUCAAUUCACGGCAUACACGGGGUAAGUUGACCAUAGGAGACCACUUUUUUUUGGCAUGCUAUAUUAUCAAGACAGUUAUGUUUACAAUCAUUCUGUUGGUUUGCAGGGAUGCACAACAUCUUGAAAUAUAUACAGAUACACUAAUUAGAGACAAAACUAUGAUUGCCUUGAUGUAGUGAUCCGAAAUAUAAAGAAUGGCUCAUCUUACCCCACUCUCCCCUAUUUUCCAGGACAGAGCGUCUGGCCCGAAACAUCAUGGAUGACCUCGGGGACCAUGACAUUGUGGUGCUGUGUGUGCUGAAAGGAGGAUACCAGUUCUGUGCUGAUCUGGUGGACAGGAUCAAAGCUCUGAGCCGCAACUCCAGUCGCACAAUCCCCAUGAGGGUCCACUUCAUCCGCCUGAAGAGCUACCUGGUGAGUCCAUACCUGCCUCAGAGAUGGAGCAUAGCUGUGCACAGUGAAUACAUAACAAAAGAGUGCAAGGAUCAAAGGCCAUCUUCAUAUUUAAGAUCAUCAGCUGUGAUGUAUCUAGAUGAGCCCCGUGACACAGUCAGAGGAUGUGAUAUGUUUGACCCCGCUUUAAGACAGUGAUAUCUUUGUGUAACUGCCCUUUCAUCUAACCACCUUGAAGGUCAUGCUGAGGAACAAAAUGCCACAGAAAUGAGAAUACAGAUCACAAGCGAUCCAACUGAACUUUAACCUAAAAUACAUAAUUAAUUCCAGAUUAAAAGAAAUAAUACUGUAUAAUAGUAGUAAUUAAAUAUUACUACCAUUUUGCAGUCUUCCAAGAGAAUGUCAUUUACUUUUCAAACCAAGAUUGUAUCCAACUGAUUUUGCAUCUAUUAGGAAUAUAUGUGCCUUCAUACCUGCCACAUAUCAACCUUUUUUUCUCUCUUUUUCUUGAUCCAUUUCCCCCCUAGAACGACCAGUCAACUGAGGAUCUUCACAUACUAGGAGCAGAGGAUUUGUCUUUUUUAGCAGGAAAGGUAAUUUUGUAAAUGCAUACUCAACUCAACCUUUUUUUUAGAGUGGAUCUUUAUGCAAACAUACACCCCAAAGUGUUUCACAAAGAUAAAAAAACUGAAAAUAAGUUCUUAAAAAAGGAUGAUUGAUCCAAUUUUACAAUGAAUAAAGAAAGUGUAACAUGCAAAAGCCAAAAACAAGACUAAACCCAGGAAUAAAAAAAAAUUUCUAAAGUAUGUCAAAAUAGAGUCAGGUUAAAACUUAACUGCAAAACUCUUAAGUCUUAAAAAUUUCCUGUUAUUUCUUAUCAAAAAUACUUUCAGAAUCAUGUGAAAUUAUUAUAAACUAUUAAAAAAAAUAAAAAAUCACUGCUAAAUGGCCUGCAGAUGGUGGGUGAUUAUAGGCAUGAGCCUCAGGAGGGCACUGUUGCAUCUAAUCUGCUGUUUCUCUGUUUUUAUUCUGAGGGGAAGCCUCAGCUUUAAUAAGUGAGAUCAAAUAUGUCAGUUUCUGACAAACUCAGCAAUGAUCAGAUACCAGCUGCUGUAACAUGAUUGUUUAAAGGCCUCUGUCACUUUACCUCAGGUGACAGAGGGUGAAGAUUUACCUGCCGUCAUAAUAAAUCAUAGUAGAUCUGGAGGGUUACAGUGGGGUUGUGAGAGGCUCACUUUUCAUCUGCUUAUAUCGUGUCAUCAACACCAUACCAUACCACAGGUGUAGAAAAUGUGUGCCUGCAUGCACACAGACGCCAAAUACACUGAGGUUGUCAAAUGGAAAACACACAAGGGCAGGAAGUAAAAGAAGACACAAGACACAAAGAAGAAGGACUACAAAAUAAAACAGGAAAUGCUAAUCACUAAUGUUAAGUAUGUGAAAAUGAAAAUAGAAAUACAGAAGACCAGGAACACAAGGGCAAUGACAAAAUAAUAAGCAGUGAGACAAUAAAACAAUAUAAUAAAAAGACUAAGUGAAGAACAACUCAGGAUGAAGUAUAUUGACUUCAAAGACAUUUUAGUCAGGCGUUAUCUUUUUAAAACGACCGAAAGUAAAAGCAGCUGUAAAUAAGUUCAACAAAUAUAAGAGUGUGUGAGUGUGAGUGUCUGCGGGCACACUUCUCUGGCAUAUCUUUGAGCGUUUGUGUGUUCGUGUGUGCAAAGGGAUGAAUUACUCCUCCACUACAGCAGGAGUCGGUGAGAGUGUUUCUUGGUAAUAUAAAUCAGCUGAUGCGAACACAAAGUCACACACACACACCCUUAAGCUGAUCGCACUCACGCAUGCACACACUAAUGUUCCCUGUAGCGAGGCGUGGCAUAAAUGCCUUGAACAUGAAUAGGAUAUGAGGUAGUAAGCUUGAGUCACUGCCGGCUGCUUUGCUCACAGCAUUUAAAGCUUGAGUGUGAAAUCCCAGAGCUCCCUGUGAUGUACAACUAAAUUUAGUCGCCAGUUUGUGACACAACACUGCAAUGGUUUGUGGAAAAAAUGACAAGAAGCACAUUAUUCAUAGUUCUUAUUUCCUGUGUGACUUGACUUGGAUAUAUAGCAUAUUCUUUUUAUAUUUCUCCUGAGUGUACCGCAGUCUAAAUAAAUCUGUGUGAAUAAUGAGGCUUAAACAAAGCAUGAGCACAUGCUUGGCUGAAUCCUUUGUUUGAGAAUUAGAGCACUAACAGUGCCUACAGUUACUCAGAAGUUUGAGAUUUUCUUAUCUCUGAGUUAAACAGGGCUUUACUCUUAAAUAGUGCCCAGUUGUCUCCAGCUGAUUAGACAAACAUUUGCAGAAUUUGAGUUAUUUCAUUGACAUUUAAAGUCUGACUGUAAGAGCAUAGAUUUCUAAUCUAGGCCGAGAUUUCAUCUGCUUUUCAUCAGAUGAUAAUCGACUGUGACAUGUCAAUGUAACUUUUUAUUUAGUUCGGUUACUUUACAACAAAAACUGGAGGUUUUACUUUGUAUACUUUUUAAUCAUAAUGAGUAGCUGUGUUUUUCUACAUCCAUCUGUGUUUGUUAUCUUGGAAUGUGGUUGAUCUGAAGUAACAGUAGUUUGUUUGCUUCCCCCCUUUUCUCUUCCGACAUGCUCUCAUCAGAACGUACUGAUUGUGGAGGUAAGUCAAACAUCUUUUCUUAUUCCCUCCUUCAGCAGGAAAGCAGCAUUUGAUUCUUGCCAUAUAUGGCUAUUGAGGCCAAAGUUUGAAAAGAGGAACUUUUCUUAAUUGACAUAUCGUUAGUGAAACAAGAAAGCAGUUUUUGAAAAACAUGGACAUAGAUAACUAUCUUGGUAGCCUGAGCAGUGAUUUUUAGUAAUAAGUACACAAGGGCAGAAGUCACAGUCCGAGGAAGGAAAUCUACUUUUAAAGCAGUCAUUAGUCAGUGCCCUUUCGUUUACAAAUGUGCCCCUGAAUCACUUUUGACGUCAGCUCUUGUUGCAAUAAUGAAUCAAAACUUUGACACUGUAGAAUUUUAAAAGUGAUGUUAUGAAAUUUGUUUUUUUAUUUCAUUCAGCAUCACAAGUGUUCUUAACUUCUGUAGUUUUUACUGUGUGCAACAAUAAUGUCAAAUAUCUAGCAUAUAAAAUUCUCAUGUAUAAUGUGAAAGUAAUUUGUCCGUUUGCUAACAUUUAGCCUAAAAACAAACAAACCCUGUUAUACACUGGUUUGUGUGUGUUUUGUUAAGCUUGUUGUGUUCUUUCAAACUUGCUAAAAACUUGAAUAUGCAGGUUUUUAUGCCCAGUGGUUCUACUAAUAAAAGAGUCUUGGUGUCUUUUAACUUCAUUGGAGUUUAUAUGAUGUGCACAAAAAGUCUUCUCUCAAACUAUGAAUUGAAAGUCUGCUUUUCAGAACUAAAAAAAAAGGAUAAUGUUUUUAUCAUAAACGGUUCCAAUCAUUGUGACCAACUCUUCCUUGACUGGUGACCAUAUGUGAGUAAAGGAAGUAUAGCUGGGUGACAGCCCUUAAAUGGGCUGCUUAAAGGGAUUUACACUUGGCAAAAAACACAUUAGAUAAGCAUUUUAAAACUGAAAGCUCAACUCUCAAAAAUCUAAAUCAUUUUUAUAUGUGUGUUUGGAAAUAGCACAAAAACAAGUCAAUAUCUUUCAUAUGUCUCUUUUUCUGUAUUUCCUCUCUGUCACAAAGGAUAAAUGUUAAGUCUGAGUGUAACAGUGCAAUCCAUUUUAUACUAUAACCAUGCUGACCCCCAAAGGUGACUAACACAUUCAUGUUGUUGCCUUAUACCACAUCUUUUACCUCUUCCUAACUUAAGAGGUCAGAGCUAUUUGAGUAAAAAUCACGCUUUGAUUUAUAAUUUCCCCUUUCUGGCCACAUAUCUUUAGAGAAUGGUUGGAAACGGUUAUGUAACACAAGUCCAGUGUGACCAACUUCUUCCUUCUUACGUUAGACACACAUGCGUUUUUUGUCCUUUUUUUCAUAUUUCCGUUAAGACAUUCUUUGGCUUUCUCAAUCCAGUUUUUUCUAUCUUGCCUUCUCUCUGCAGGCCAUUGUGGGUACUGGGAAAACAAUGAAGGCCCUCCUGAAGCAUGUUGAAGCCUUCAGGCCCAAAAUGAUCAAAGUAGCAGGGUAAGGUAUGGCUGUAAAGACCUCAAAACCAAACCAGCCCACUGGUCCUGCUUUGUGAAUCAUUCAAUUUCCGCCUUCCAGUCUAGACAGAGACAAAGAAUAUGCGACACAUAGUUAGAGUUCUUACUGUGUUAGAAUCCACACUGCCUCUUGACACCAUUUAUAACAGGUAAGUUGAUAUGUCUAGCAUUAAUGUCUGCUUUUUGUUGUCUCCAGAUUGUUGGUGAAGCGGGUGCCACAGAAUUCAGCAUGUCUUCCUGACUGUAUGUACCUGACCAACCCUUUUUCUGAGUUAAUGAGUCAGGAGUUUGUUCACAUUUCAAAUAACUGUUGCAGCUUGUAAGUCUGUGAGUCAGUGAACCGGGGAAAUACAAUUAAUGUUCCUCUUUGUCUUUAAUUGCAGAUGUCGGCUUUGAGAUACCAAAUCGCUUUGUGGUUGGAUAUGCCUUAGACUACAAUGAGUACUUUAGAGAUCUAAAUGUAAGUUUGGCCCUUUUUCUAUUUUAGGGAAAGAGAUUUUAAGGACAGACUUUGUUUCCCUGACUGUUGUACAUGUUCUCAAAGGGUACAUCUUUCUAGUAACUGUCAUUUUCAGCCAUUUUGGUGUUGUUUUUCUUCUUCUUUUUCAGCAUAUCUGUGUGAUCAGUGAAAGCGGGAAGAAGAAAUACAAGAUUUAGAAAAAAGAAAAAAGGGAUUUCAAAGAGACGACUGUCACACAGAUGUCAUUUCGCAGCAGGCCUUAACAUUUUCCCGGAAAUCCCGAUCACUUACAGCUGCCAUUGUGACAUCUGAUCUCAAGCAUCCGUGUUUUAUUAUAACAUUCCUCUUCUUUAUCUGUUUUAAACAAUAGGGACUGCCAUUUAAACUACUCCUUUUCUUGUUUUCAUGUGCAACCUUAUUCUCCAUGUUUACAGAGCUGUUUCAUAUAGACAGUGUUGCAUCUUAAGGUAAUGCUACUGUUUACUUUUUGUUAGUUAAACACAUAUGUAUGCUUAAAGAACUUGAUAAUCAUGACCUGUAUAAAUGUGUGUAUUUUUAAUUCACUGUUUAAUAAGCUAACCUAGCAGACAUAUUUUUUAUAUAACUUUGGGGAUAGUAUUUAACAUUUUCUUCACUUUUUCAUCUCUAAUUAUGCAAGUCUCCUGCUGUCAUAUUGAAAGCCUAGGGGCAAACAUAAUUUUGUAAACACUGAGAGCACUAACAAACCUACCUCUUUUCAGUAUUUUAGGUGAAGUAGAAUUCUUGUAUUCUUAAUGUGUUUUCUAUACUUUCUCAUGUCUAUACCUUAAUAUAUCAGUAAACCAUUUGUAACAUGCCUUUGGUUUGUUUCCUUGCAUUAUUCACACAUUCUGAAAUGAUAUAAGAUCAAUUUUCAGCGGCUCAUUAAUUUAGAUUAAAAUGCUUUCUUAGUCAGCUCACCAGACAGAAAAAUAACUUGUGUAGCUCAUAUUUUUCUUGAUGUUCAGUACAAAGGAGAACACUUAAGCUGACUUGUAUUGAUCAUUAUUUUCAGUCUUU